AUGUCAGAGGUAAUACUGCAGGCGCGAGCUUUUCUAGCCACCUCGCAACCAGAGAAAGCUUUGGAACUCUUAUCAUCGCACAUUGGUUCAGAUAAGAACUCGUCUUCGUCACCUGAAUUACUCUCGAUUUUCGGAGAAACACUACUUGAAAAUAACCAAUUAGAGGAGGCAUAUCAAGUGUUGACAACAGCAUGUCAGUUGGACCCUGAGGCUAAGCAAGGUGCUGAGAAAUAUUUGUAUUUGGGACAAAUUAUUGGUGGUCGAGAUGGGUUAAACUAUAUAAAUACUGGAUUGAACAAAUUGAACGAGUACUUGGCCGAGGUGCAAGGUGGCGAAUGCUCCAACCAAAUAAUUAAAGAUAGUGGGUACGAGAGUCUAACAGAGUAUCAAAAAUGGCUACUUAAAAAGUUGAAUCUGGGGAUUUUUGCCAGUAUAGAAAUCUGGAUGACUGAUUUAUGUAUGGAAGAAGAGGCCGAGUCUAAAUGCAACGAAUUGAUUGAAUAUAGUUUGAGUCUUGAUUCUACCAACCCUGAAAGUUAUUCCCAACUAUCUUCAAUCCGAAUCUCACAACAACGAAAUCAGGACGCUAUUGAAGCUCUUGUCAGAGCAUGGGAUUUGUUUCAAGCUAAGAAAACCAAAUUGGAAGAUUAUGCAAAUGUGAUCAAAGAAGAGGAGAAGGAAAAUGAUGCGUUUGAAGUAGGCAUGGAGUACGUAGAGUUGAUUCAGCCACUACUUACAUUGUCCAAAUAUGCUGUUGAGUUGGAGCAGUAUGAAAUUGCUAUAGAUAUAGUUUCCAAUGUUCAAGAUAUAAAUGACUCAAUUCUUGAUGCCUUUUACAUUGAAGCCAUAGCUUAUUUGUUCAAAGCCAAAAAAAUCAUUUCAUUAUUGGACAAGGCGCAAUUGGAUGGCAAUAAUAGUGAUGCCACUGCUGCUGCUGCUGACUAUAGAGAUAUCGAAAUAAAAAAAUUGAAAAUGUGUGAAAAUGAGGAGAUUAAAAGCUUGGUCAACGAUGCCCGGUUAUGUUUGACGUCAGGUUAUAAGAUAAUAAAUAGCGAAUUGACUGAAGAAUGUGAUCCUACUGUUAUUGAGCAAGUUAACGACUUAUUAAAUCAAUUGGACGGACCCAUCAUAAGUGAGUUGAUGCCGAAGAAGGAAAAAAAUGAAGACGAUAACGAUGACUGGGAGGCAGAAAUCGAAUACGAGGACUAA